AUGACACCAUCAAUGAGGAGAACCAGGAUUGUCUGUAUCUCUGAUACUCACAACUGCCAGGUCAAGCUGCCAAAGGGUGAUGUCCUCAUCCACGCUGGAGAUUUGUCAAACCAAGGGAGUCAUGCUGAGCUUGCAAAGACAGUCGCUUGGUUGGAGAAGCAGGACAUUGAAGCCAAGAUCGUCAUCGCUGGCAACCAUGAUAUUACUCUUGAUCCGGAAUUCUAUGCCGAGCAUGGCCUGUACUUUCACAACAAGAAUCCACAGUCUCAUGACGAGUGUCUACGACUGUUCACGUCUUCGCCUUCGAUAACGUAUCUGUCCCACGGCUCAACCAACAUCCGUCUCACAUCGCCUUCAGGGCCGCGUACGCACUUCAAGGUCUUCGGAUCGCCAUAUUCUCCACGACACGGGCUGUGGGCAUUCUACUAUGAUGCUCCCCAGAAUCCGAGCAACUGGUCAGAUCUGACGUCGUUAUGGGAGUCCAUACCACUUGAUACAGACAUUGUCGUGACACAUACGCCUCCGAGAAUGCAUUGCGACGAAACGGAUGAGCGGCGAGCUACUGGCUGCGAGGCUCUAAGGCAGGCGCUCUGGCGAGUGAGGCCACAGCUUGUCGUCUGUGGCCACAUUCAUGAUGGGAGAGGUGCUGAACGAGUGAUGUGGGAUCUGAGUUGUCGGAAUGUCGCCUAUCAAGAGGAGAGUGUCGUACGCUGGGAGGAUCCUGGCCAAGGCAAUAACAAGACCUGUCUGGUAGAUUUGACUGGUAAGAAGGCACCGUCACUCGCCAACGAUGGCUCUCAUCCAGGUCGAUAUGGGACAAGCAUAAGAGGCUCUGACGUAACCAAAGUAUCUCACUCCAACGAGUCAGCAACGAGUCCAUAUGUAUUUGGAUCCGGCCCUAUGGAUUCUCAUGCUUCUCAUGGUACCGUCGGAUUAGGGGGCGACGCCGCCUCACCGCGAAGCGACCAGGCAGCUCUGUUUGGGAGGAUGGGUCGUCGAGAAACGUGUGUUGUAAACGCGGCGAUCAUGAAGAGUCGACACCCACAUAUCGGAGGAAAGCAAUUCAACAAGCCUAUCGUAGUUGACAUUGAUCUUCCCGUCUGGGAACAGGACGGCCAUAUCAACGAUCCCUGA